CUUCCUGUGCAUCUCUCUCUUGUCACUAUGUCAGAUUUCAUGUUCAGGCCUGCUGAGUCGACCGAACUACACCUUCGUCUAAUUAAAAUGCCUGGAAGAUGUCUGAAGACGCUCCUUUUGUUGAUGGUGAAGUUAGUAGUAUAUGUGGUGUCGGAAGAUAUUGUUGAAAAUUCUGGAAGAAAUGUGCUCCUUCCUUGCAUUUUCCAACCAUCAACUUUACCGACUUCAUUUUCUUUGGUAUGGAAAAAAUUGCCAAGCACCAAUAUACUUUUUUACGAAAAUGGAAAAACUGAUGUGAUGGAUGAAUAUGCAGGACGUGUUCACUUGAAUGAAAAUGAAAUACCUCAGGGAAAUCUUUCACUUGUCUUGUCAAAUAUUCAAAAAUCAGAUGAAGGGGAAUAUACUUGUUACAUACUUGAAAGUGCACGUUCACUGGAUAUCAAGCUUUUUGUUAAAGAAUCUACCUUUGGGUCUGAGAUGAAGGAAAGGCUGAAGUUAGAACCUGUAACUGAAAUGUCUACUGCAGUCACAGAAGAUAACAAGGCUUCAGGACGAGGGUCUGGAAACACGGGUGUGAAUUUGAUCCCACAGAAAUUUUCCCCACUUUUUCUUGUUGCAGUACUUUUGUUCCUGUAUGGGCACUGACUUCGUAAAAAUAAGUGAUAAAUGAAAAUUAUUAUCUUUGGAUAAUACUAAUUUUCAAAAAAUGUGCACUAUGAAGUAUUUAUAAAUUGUACAGUAUGUAGUAUUCCAAGUACUAGUAUUAGCUGUUACUUACUGCAUAAGCGCUAAUGCAUUUAUGUUAAUUAAUUAUACAGCAGUGUUCCAUGAUUUAUAAGUGUAUGUCUUUGUAAACUCAGGCAUUGUAACAUAGUUAUAAUGGUAACAGCAUCGACUAACUUGUCAAUCAGGCAUUACUUGAGCCACAUUUAAUAGGAGUCGCACAGCCUAACAUUUUUGUGAAGUAUUUAAGUAUUACUUGUGAUUGUGAUGAGAACAGGCCAUUCAGCCCAAACAGCUUGUCCAUCCUAUUCAGUGUAUUCACUGAGAUUGUACAAGAUAACAUCAUGAUCUUUAAGUUGUGAUUG